AUGGAGCAUUUUUUACGGGUGGGCUCCAGAACUAAAGACUCCUUCGAAGAAGAAGCCACAAUCCGGAGCACCACCAAGUCGGGGAGCGUCUUUAUAUCAGAAUUCAGACUCUCCUUCUCAGCCCGUCUGAGAGUUUAUUGUUCAACCAGGCCUGUGCUGUAUGGAAAAGCAGAGGAGGCGACUGGGGACGUGGCCAAGAUGGUGUUCCCAAUGUCAGCUAUUAAGUACCAGGAGUCUCUUUUGGAGCAGAUAGAGUUGUUCAGGUGGGGUAUGCGAGGGAGACUGAGAAACCGGGAGAGAACGGGCAAAGUUGGGAGCUACAAAAAGAAGCUACAGGCCUACAAGCUCCCAGAUCCAAAAUACCUGUGUAAAGACCUGGUGCUCUGCAGUUACUUCCACAUAUUUGAGUCUAAAGCUGGGGGCAGCAAGAACUUCUCUGGGACUCUUCAGUCCAACUUCCAACGUGUGCUGCUAUAUGAGAACCCAGAGCUUCAGCAGAAAGCCAGAAGCUGUAUUCCUUACAAGCAGCUUUUGUAUGCAGCUAAGCAAAAGCUGAAGUUAGCUCAAGAGGCUGAGACAGAAUGUAAACUAGGAGAAGAGGACUUCCUUGUGCUGGAGUUGCUUAGGUGGUUCAAACAUGACUUCUUCUCCUGGGUUGACUGUUUGCCCUGUAACAGCUGUGGAGGCCCAACCCAGAACAGCGGCUCACUCAGUCCUACUAUUGAUGAUCUUCGCUGGGGAGCCCAGCGAGUGGAGAACCACUACUGCCAAAGCUGCCAGUUAUGCACCAGAUUCCCUCGAUACAACAAUCCCGAGCAGCUUCUCAAAACCAGGAGGGGACGCUGUGGGGAGUGGGCCAACUGUUUUACACUGUGUUGCAGAGCUCUCUGCCUUGAAGCCCGGUACAUCUGGGACAGCACAGAUCACGUGUGGACAGAGGUUUACUCUGUGUCUCAGCGCCGUUGGCUACACUGUGACCCAUGUGAAAACAUCUGUGAUAAACCUUUACUCUAUGAGGUUGGCUGGGGGAAGAAACUCUCCUAUAUUCUGGCUUUUUCACGGGAUCAGGUGGUUGAUGUGACGUGGAGGUAUUCUUGCAAACAUCCAGAGGUUUUGUCAAGAAGGACCAAUGUUCAGGAGACCUGGCUGCUGCACACUAUUAUUGGGCUCAAUGCUUUGAGACAACAAUCCCUCGGCCUCGACAGGAAAUUAGAAUUGGCAGAACGGUUACUUGUUGAACUUGUAGAGUUCAUUUCCCCCAAAAUACCAAAACAAGGCGAACUGGGAGGACGCACCUCUGGGUCUCUGGGCUGGAGGCAGGCAAGAGGAGAGACGGGAGAUGCCGAUUCAGGGACUAUUAAGCAGGGCACUGGCUAUGUGUUCACGCCCACUGAGAAAGAGAGGAGAGACAAGCUAAUUCAUGUGUUGUACAAUACGACUAAAGACCAAUACUGUCGGAUCUCCAAUGACUUUGAGAUCAUCCACUGCUGGGAUCGAUGUGCGUGGAAUAGGGAGUCUGUCUUUAGGAAGGUGGAAAACGACUGGCAGAUGGUAUAUAUUGCUCGAAUUGAAGGCUCCUCUGCAGGACACAUCAGCUGGAAAUUUGACUUUGGGCCAGCAAAAUUAAGUGUCAAGUCUGUCUCAAUCAGGGCCAGCAGCCAAACUUUCAAUUUGGGGGAGGUCAGCUGGCUUUUGCAAUCAGGCAUGAUUACAACUGAGUUUUCUGGAGAUGGAAGCAUGCAGUCCUUCCAGUGUCUUAAUAGUUCCUCGGAGUUUACUGUCACUGCGCAGCUCAGGGGUGGGGAAGGGAAUGCAUCAUGGCAGCACGCUCAGCUUUUCAGGCAGAGUCUGAGAGAUACAGAAGAGUCUCCAUUUGAAAUUAUCAUUCACCUUGAAAACACAUAAAGAUCAGAAUUUUACCUUAGUUGUUGCUGUUGAGCAGUGUAUUUGUUUUUUGAAUAAUUUUGUUAUUUUAAAGUCCUCUUUUGUAGAGCUGAAUUCUGUCACAGUCAAUACUGACAAGGUAAAUUUUGCAGGGGGGGAAAAAACACAAAACAUAAUGUCGACUAAUUGACCUCAUUGCAUUUAAGUCAUAGAUACCUUUACAAUGGUGUCAGUCAUGAAAACAUUGGCAUGUAACACAGAAAACCUCUGGUUCAGCUGUGAAAGUUAC